CGCGAAGAAUUGCCAUUUGACGUUAGGUGGGGCACGCAGUUGAGGGUUUAGCAACCGAAACAUUAGGGUUUUACCUCCACCCUCCCAGCAGCAUCUGAGAACAAUGAGUUCAAUGUCCGAAGCAGGUUCCAUGGCUUCUGUGGUCGCUUCGCUAUCGAAAAGCUUCAGUCAAGUGCCACCUUCAGCUGUUCCGGCGAUGCUGGAUUGCAUCAUCUUGACCACUGGUUUGUCUCCUCGCUCGCUCUUCGAUUCGCUUCUCCAUGAUUUCCCUCGUCUUCUCAAGGAUAUUAUCACGGAAGAUAAGAAUUUGGAUUCUGAUCACCGUCUCCAUCUUGUGUCGCUGGUGGGCGCAUUUUGUCACCUCCUGAAGAAAAUAGGGGCUGAUUGUGAUGCGGCAGUAUCUUUUGUGCGGAGAUGUUUUCUUCCUUUAGCUAAGGCGCUGCAGCCAAAUCAGCAUGACUUGCUGAAUCAGAUCGUAGAAUCGUUCAUGAGCGUUGUGAUUGAAACUUGCACCUGGGAAGUUCUUGAAGCAACUUUAGUGCCGGUUUUUUUAAGGUCACUUGGCCUUUCCAUGGGUAUGGUACAUAAUGGCAAUUUUGAUUUUUAUGAAUGGAGUGACAAAUCAUCUCACCAGGAUUUGAAUGAUGCAACGGACAAGGAACUCUUGCUGUCUUCAUCAAAUUGUUUCAAAUUGGCAACAUCGUGCAAUGUUUUGUCUGUAAUUAUGGAAACCACCCUUCAGUUUCUGCAAUCAGACACAAUAUCUAAAUCAGCAGAAAGAAAAUGGUGUAUUGCAGAUAAGUUUGUUAAAGUCUUGACUUGGGAUUUGUGUAAUAUGACUGAACGGAUGCUUUUACAUAGUCCAGAGCACAGGUCUUGUGCAGUUGGCUUUCUUCUUCCUAUCAUUCUCAAAGCAUUCCCUGCCAAUUGCUUAUUUGAAAUCUUGAUUCGUGGGCAGAAACACGGUUUUUCUCGGGAGUAUUUCUUGAUCAAAAUGUGGAACUGCUGCAGAACAUUAUUUUCAAUGGGACCUUUGGAGAGAAGAGAGGGAUAUAAUAUACUCUCUUUGUAUUUCUCUUUUUCUUGGUCUACAGAUGAAUAUCAAGAUGCUAAUAGUGAUACUAUCAUUAAAACUGAAGAAUUUGACAUAAGAGCAGAAAAAGAGUUCUGGGAUGAAAUAAAGAUGGGGCUGGUUGACAAGGAGAAUUCAGUGAGAAAGCAAAGUUUACAUAUAUUGAAGAUUGCUCUGAAUAUACAAGAUGGAACUAAUUCUGUCUCCCACAUUUCAAAAAGGAAUACUGAUGGAAUGCACUCAGUACCUCAUUGUGUGACAAAAAGGGAAAUAUGGGCUGACAAGGAAGCCAAGUCACUUGGCGUUGGGAAGCUUUCAACGUCAGAUGACCAGAUUUUUAACAGCCAGCAAUAUUGGGAUGCAUUUGUGCUUUUAUAUGAAAUGCUUGAAGAAUAUGGUACUCAUUUAGUUGAAGCAGCUUGGAAUCAUCAGGUCUCUUUGUUGCUUCAGUUCUCUAAGUCAUAUCUCAGUGUUGGAAACAUCAUGCAUAAAGUUCAACUAGAUCAAUUUGAAAUAUAUGGUGAUACUUUUGAUUGGUUAUCUAUUUUGUGGGAACGAGGCCUUCAUCAUGACAACCCUCAAGUAAGGUGCCUGAUCAUGCAGUCUUUUCUUGAUAUUCAUUCGGAGAAUUGUGGGAACUACAUAAAAUUGGUGCCUGAAACUUUUGUCAUUGGUCCAUUUAUUCAAGGGAUGAAUGACCCAAUACACCACAAAGAGUUUGGUGUGAAUGGGGUUUAUAUGUCACACGUGAUUGAAGGUGCAGCCCAGUUUAUGCGGCAUUACGUUGGGUUUCUAGCUCCAAGGAAACGCUUUGCAUUUUUAUGUAAUUUAGCAUCUACUGCUAAACAUCAACCUUUUGGACGAGCUGGACUUAUGGGCCUUGCUGAAUGCAUUGCUUCAGCUGCCUCUGGCAUAGGAAUACUUAUCCAUGCCAGGACAGAGUCAUACAAAGGCACGUCACUUGUGGAUUAUGUUUCUGGAUUUGAAAAUGAGGCUGAUAAAAAAGAAUUACUGGAUAUCUUUAGAUAUGUUGUCGGGAGAAGCAAGCAACAUUUUAAUCCCAGUUACCGACUUCAAGUUUGUCGAAAAAUUCUGGAGGCUGCUGUUUCCGUGGUGUGUACGUUUGAUAUUCCUCUUGAAACUCUUAUGCUUUUCAUUUCAGCAUUGCCACGGGAAUUCACAGAUUAUGGUGGUCAGUUAAGGUUGACUUUGCAAAGUUGGCUUUUGGGUUGUAGCUACACGGAUUUCUGUACCACUUGCUGUACUAAUGAAAUGAAGCUCUGGAAGAGUCUUUAUGACUUCCCAGAGAGCUUUGUCAGUGGUCAUCUUUCCAUUGAUAUUUCUUUUAACUAUGGUGAUGAUGACUUGAGUGCAUGGGAGUUUGAAGCGAAUAGAUGGGCUAGAGUUCUUUUCCUGGCAGUCAAGGAGGAACAUUUGCUGGAACCCAUUUUAAUGUUCAUUCAAGACAUUGGUUCUAAUAUCUUUAAACAGAACGACGAUACAAAAUACAUAGCAGUCAAAUUCUUGAUUCUUGCCUCGAGCUUCGUUCUGGAGCUUCGCAGAACAAAGGAAAGAGUGAUUGAAUGUGGUAAUAAAGUCAGAAAAAACUUGGGGAGUGCCUUCCCUGGUGUAGUUGAUGACCUGAGUUUUAUAGAUGACGUUUCUGAGAAGCUUAUUGACAAAUUUCUUUAUUUAUUGGAUGAUCUGGUUCAGUUUGCAAACCAGUCUUGUUCUGUUUUCUGGGCUGGUGUUGUUGCAGAGGACACUUCACUACCUGGUGCAGUGAAAGGAAAACUCGGAGGUCCUAGUCAAAGGAGGUUGUCAAUUUCUGCCACCACUACUGUAUUGCAGGCGAAGAUGUCAGUUAAGGUGAUAUCAUUAUUCUUGUCAUGGUGUACACAAAUUAAAAGAGAUGCUCCCCUUAACUCUGCUUUCACUCUUAUGUGGCAAUUCUUCUGGAGGACUACUAGAUCUCCACCUUCUUGCUCAGAGACACAAGCAGAAGUUUGUCUUGCGGCAUAUGAAACGUUGGUCUCUGUUCUUAAAGUUCUAACUUCCACAUACUUUCCCCAAAAUUUUCAUCUCAUUGAGGAGAAUGAGCAUUUGUUUUCAGAGACAGAAGGAAGGCCUCAGUUAGAUUACAUGUGCACAUCUUUUAUUCAGAAUAUCAAUGAUCUUCUUGGAGCAGGAAUUUUGGCAAGAUCUCGAAAGGCUGUUUUGUUGGAUAUAAAGUGGGUGUGCUUGGAAUCUUUGUUGUCAAUUCCUUCUUAUGCUCUCAAGAAUGGGUUUCAUUUGGAGGAAAACCACACUUUCUUCUUAGAUGGCACUCUGAGAUACAUUUUUGGUGAUCUUGUUGAGAGCCUUGAAAAUGCUGGAGAAAGUUCUGUUUUACCCAUACUAAGAUCACUCCGGUUGUUAUUUGAGCUAGUUGCCAAAGUGACAUCAACUGCAAUUGUUUCCUGCUGUCAUUUGAUAGACUCACAGAUGAUGUGGAAUUUGGUCCAUUCAUCUUGGAUAUUGCAUGUAAAUUGCAACAAGAGAAGGGUUGCUUCUAUUGCUGCUUUGUUGUCAUCUGUUUUGCAUCCUUUUCUAUUUAAUGAUGAGAGAAUGCAUCAAACUGACAAUGCACCUGGACCCCUGAAAUGGUUUAUUGAAAAUCUUCUUGAGGAAGGCACAAAAAGUCCUCGUACAAUUCGUCUUGCAGCAUUGCACAUAACAGGGUUAUUGCUCUUAAAUCCUAGGAUUAUAAGAUUCUAUCUGAAGGAGCUUAAACUGCUCUCUCUCUAUGGUUCAGUUGCGUUUGAUGAGGAUUUUGAAGCUGAACUAGGUGACAACAAUGAUGCAAGACUGGAAGUCUCGUUGUUGGCCAGGAGCCCUGAUCCUGAACUGACUGAAGCAUUUAUUAACACAGAGCUGUAUGCACGUGUAUCAGUUGCUGUUAUGUUUUGCAAGUUGGCAGACUUGGCUUGUAUGGUGGGAUCACCAGAUGAAAAUGCACAUUGCAAGGCGGCACUAGAAUCUGGCAAAUCAUUUCUGCUUGAGCUUCUGGACUCUGCGGUAAAUGAUAAAGAUCUUGCAAAGGAGUUAUACAAAAAAUAUAGUGCUAUUCAUAGACGCAAAAUACGUGCUUGGCAAAUAAUAUGUGUCUUGUCACCAUUUGUUGAAGAAGAUAUAGUUGGGAAAGUUGUAGAUUACAUGUACAUAUCACUUAACAGAAAUAACUUACCUGCUGUUCGUCAAUAUUUAGAAACAUUUGCAAUCAACACCUAUUUGAAGUUUCCAUCACUUGUCAAAGAACAAUUGGUCCCUAUAUUGCGGGAUUAUAACAUGAGACAGCAGGCUCUAUCUUCAUACGUAUUCAUUGCAGCUAACGUCAUUCUCCAUUCAUCUAAAGAUGUUCAACCGAGGCAUUUGGAUGAAUUGUUUCCUCCUUUAGUUCCAUUGUUAACAUCACAUCAUCACAGCUUACGUGGUUUUACACAGUUACUAGUUUAUCAAAUUCUACAUAAACUGUUUCCAUUGUUGAAUGAUGGAUCUUCAGAGAUACUACCUUUGGAGAAGAGGUGCCUUGUUGAUUUGAAAUUAUACCUUGCAAGGAAUUCUGAUUGUGCACGCUUACGCGCGUCAAUGGAAGGAUAUCUUGAUGCUUACAACCCAAAUAGCUCUGUCACACCUGCUGGAAUUUUCGUCAAUCGAGUCGAGGAGGAUAAUUUUGAAUGUGUUCCAACAUCUCUCAUGGAGCAAGUUCUCAAAUUUUUAAAUGAUGUUAGAGAAGAUCUACGGUGUUCAAUGGCAAAGGAUGUGGUGACUCUCAGAAAUGAGACUUUAAAGUCCUAUGGGGAUACAAAUUGCAUGAAAAAUGUAUCUGGUGACACUGAAGGAAUUGUGCUCAAAGAUAUGUCUUCAGAUUUCCAGAAAAAGGUUACUUUAGCCAAACAUAACAAGGGGGACAAUGAGGCAGGUUUCCUUUAUAGCAAUGAUGAAACUUACAGAAAAAUGGCUGAGAUAGAAAGGGAUGAUCUCCUGCUGGAUCAAUUAUUGCAGUCAAAAAGAUCAUCUCUAGAUCAACAAAAGGCAAGUCGACAGAAUUGUAUCCUUGUAGCAUCACUGCUUGACCGCAUACCCAAUCUUGCUGGUUUGGCACGUUCAUGUGAGGUAUUUGGAGCAUCAGGGCUGGCCAUUGCUGAUAAAAAUAUCAUAAGUGACAAACAGUUCCAACUAAUCAGUGUGACAGCUGAAAAGUGGGUUCCUAUAAUAGAACUCCCGGUAGAUAGCAUAAAGGCGUACUUACAGAAAAAGAAGAGAGAAGGAUAUUCCAUCUUGGGUUUGGAACAAACUGCAAACAGUGUAGCCCUUGAUCAGUAUGUCUUUCCACAAAAAAUGGUCCUUGUUCUCGGCCGAGAGAAAGAAGGUAUACCUGUGGAUAUAAUUCAUAUUUUGGAUGCUUGCAUUGAAAUUCCUCAACUUGGGGUUGUUAGAUCUCUCAAUGUUCAUGUCAGUGGCGCUAUUGCUCUCUGGGAGUACACUAGACAACAGAGAUCUCGUUAGCUUGUGAGUAGCUGUUAAUAUAGGUUUCCAGCUCGUGAGUAAACCUGGCUCACAGGUGGGCUGUGUUGUAAAAGAAAAUUAAUUCCCAAUUAUUUGGGUUAUAAGUGGGUUGGCUCACUUAACCGGCGGCGGUUAGUUGAGUUGGGUUGGGUUGAGUUUUUUUAUUUAUUUAACUUAUUUUAUUUUAUUCAUUCAAUUUUUGAAUUUAAUUUAGGUGAAUAAACCUGUUUAACCUACCAGCGGACUUCGAUCAAGCUGGGUUGGCUAUUUCUUGGCUAAAAUUUAGAGCGGGUCUGAUUUAUUAUACUUUUGUUAAA